AUGGGAUAUUUGGAACAAUGUUGUGAAGAAAUCGAGAGUAAGAGGAUAUUUCCCUCAAAAAACUUUGGAUACAAUGGAAAUAACACAGUUUGCAUAUCUUUGGGAUCGGUUAUAUUCCUUUCAAAAUCACUUAAAGGGCAUCCUUCCGGGACCGAGCCGAAUUUGAAAACUUGUAAAAUAACUCUCAAAUGCGGCAUAUAUAAAAAUGGAUAUAAGGUUAGUGAUAUUGUAACAAUAGAGCUGGAUAGGGGUAAAUUUAGGAAUAUUUACCUCAAAAAGAGAGUCAACACCAACCUUAACUUUAAUUGUAGGCAUAAAUGUAAAUUAACGGUGUUGAAAAAAAUAUAUUUUAAGGUGAUUAAGUUGAAAAAAAUAAGAUUCAAAAGUGUUGGAAACGGGCUAAAAUUAGCUUUUCCCCUGGUAAUUAACAUUAAUUCCUUCCUCAUUUUCAAGGUCAGGAAUUUGAAAAAAUGUAUCAAGAAUAAUAUUAAUUUGUACUUUUUUAUUGAUUUAUACGUUGACAACUGCUUUAUUUCCAAUAAUUAUCACAUUAUAAAGUUUAACAAUUAUAAUGAUUUGGUAUUACUGUCUACUGGUGAAUACAGUAGCUCCUGCCCUCAUGCCGUUAGUGAGAAACAACUUGAAAACACUAGUGAUGAAAAUUUACAGCUAAAAAUCGCUCCAGUGACUUCAGACUAUGACACUUCUAAUGAAGAAUUGGACAGAGAGGUUUGCUGUUGUUCGGAUGGUAGAAUAUGUCAUAACCAUGUGGAUAAUAUUUGUGAUAGUAUAAGAGAAAUAAUGAAUAUGGAAAGGCUAGACAAUAUUGGAAAAUCAGGAAUAUUCAACUAUUUACAAAUUUUGUACUAUAUUAACAGUGUUCCCAGUUGUGUUUCCUCCUCUUUAGUGUCAUUGGUCACAUUUGCAGUGGUGGUAAAUGUGCAUAAUUUUAGAAGGCAAAGUUUAAAUAUUUUAUAUCAGAGACUUAGGAUUAGAUUCAAGUAUAUUCCCAAGUUUCACUUGGUUAAAUUCAAUAAGCAGCAAGUUCUACACCACCAACUUUUACUCUCAAAUAAUCACUCGCCUAAUGCUAAUAAUCACUCACCUAAUGCUAAUAAUCACUCACCUAGUACCAGUAAUCCCAAAUAUGUUGGAAAGAGUUUGUGUCCACUGGGAUCCUCAGUAAUGUACAGACAUAGUGAAAUAUUAUCAUUGGAAAGAAAGAAUUUGUUUUUUAUUAAAAUUCCAAAAGAUUUUAAAAUCUUACAGUUACUAUACAAUUCAUCACUAUUAUCUGUUACCUGUGGUAACAGGGUUGGUAAUACAGAAUUGGACAAAGCGGAAAAAAUAAAUAUAUUAAACGAGUACUAUAGCUAUGAAGAUAUUAGUGAGUUGGUAUACAAAUAUUAUAAUCAGUUGAUAAAAAGUGGAAAUUCCGUAUGCUUAAUGCUGAGAUUUACCAAUUAUAGUGACAAAAAUCAAUAUGACAAAUUAGUGUCAUAUUUAACUGAAAUGUCACUGGAAAAUGAAUCCGAAACAUCAAAAUCUACUGGAAAACUUAGUUUGAAUGUGUUGUUAGAACUUUUGUCACCAGAUUUUGUUGGACUGGAUGAUGAGAUUAGAUUUUUGUUGCUCAAAAUAUUGGUCAAGAAUUUGACAUUCAAGAGGUUAAAAAUAUUUUUCAGACAGUUUGUACUAUAUUUAAGGUAUGAUAUGGACGAUUUGCUGUUUAAUAAGAUUGUAAAAUUAGUUUAUGGAAAUAAACAACUUUCAGUUAAAUUUUACUACUCACUCUCGUCCAAUUUGGCUGUUUUAAAGUAUAAAGAUUACUUUAUAAGGUAUAAUAAUUUACUUUGUCCCGAGGUUUCCACCCUGAUAAACCUGAAUAAUAAAUUUCUGAUGUUGUUUACAAACAUUAUCAAUUCAAUUAAUGACACGAGACGCAGGUGUGAUUACAGGAAUUAUUAUCUUAAACUACUUCUCUCAAAAGUGUCCGACGACAACUGUAGAAUAUCAGAUAAUAAACUGCACUUUAAAAGGUUUGUUCCACUAAUCACUGAUACUAACUUACUCAUUACCUCAAUUGAUCUAACCCGCACCUUCAUUUACAAAUCCGCCAACUAUCCACUCAUCCUCUAUUCCAACACCGUCAACAAUAAUAAUACAGUUAACAAUAAUAAUACAGUUAACAAUAAUAAUACAGUUAACAAUAAUAAUACAGUUAACAAUAAUAAUACAGUUAACAAUAAUAAUACAGUUAACAGUGGUGAUACAAUUAACAGUGGUGACACAGUUGACACUGAUGACUCUGGUGAUAGAAUGGUAAGAGUAAUGUUGAAGUGUAGUGAUGUGAGUAAGGAUGAGUUGUAUGUGGAGUUGUUGAAAGUGGUGAAAUUGAUAUUAGCAAAGUACAAAAUAGACAAUAACUACAUUGUAACAUAUAAUUUAACGGCUAUUUUUAGUAAUUUGGGCUAUAUUCAGCUUUUAAAUUCUGGUUACACAGUGUCAAACCUAAAGUUAGACGAAAAAUUGAGUAAAAGUUUGGAAAAUAGCUUUAUAGUAAUGAGCAUAAUGAAUUAUUUGUUUGAAAUAGGUGAUCGCAACUAUGAGAAUAUAAUAGUUACUGAUGAAGGAUAUUUGGUCAAUGUUGACUGUAACUACAUGUUCAGACGUAAUAAACUGUUAACACUUUUGAUAAAUCACUUGAAUAUCUCUGACAAACAGUGUGAAUUUGUGACUAGAGAGUUUAGGAACAAGUUUAAGCUAAUAUUCAAGGCAUUGAGGAAAGAAUACAAGUUAAUAGUAAACUUGUUGUAUGCUUCAAAUAUUGACAUAGCACAUGUGUUAAUGGUUGAGGAACGGUUUUUGUUAUCAUACAGUGGAGAUGUUCUGGAUGAUAAGAUCGAGGAGGUAAUACAAUUUUCACAAAACUCACAUCAGUACACUUUGAUAUUCAAUUACUGGUACAAGUUUACUAACCUCUUUAAGUAA